UUCUACACAGGUGAUUACCAGCUUCUCUCCAACGACACUGUCGAUGCUGAGACAAAGGAGUCGGCGAAUGCAAUAGCAAAUCACAGCCAUCGUCAUCGUCCAUCCAAUUCAAAUGAAAUAAAACGCCUCGAAGCAUUGCUUGAACGUGAAAGAAAUCACUCUGAAACUCUGGAAAAGCAAGACAAGGCAUUGCGUCAACAAAUCGAACUGAUAACAAAACGUGAAGCUGAACUGCAACGUAUCGCCUCAGAGUAUGAGAAGGAUUUGGCCUUGCGGCAGCAUAACUAUAAAGUGGCCAUGCAAAAAGUCGAGCAAGAGAUUGAGCAACGCAAAAAGACUGAGGCACUGCUCGCCGAGACGCAGCGCAAUCUGGACAACGAGCAAAAGAUACGUACGCGCGAAAUGAACAAUAAUCAGCAUCACAGCGAGAAGAUUGUCACAUUAGAGAAACAGCUAGAGGAAAUGGAAGAGAACUUCAAGAAUGAAAAUGAGCAUGUGCAAAAACUCAAGAAGCAAGUGGCCGAAUUGGGUUUGAUCCAACAGGAGCUAGAGGGUAAAUUGGCGCAAUUGCAAGCAUUGAUUACCACCCUGCAGUCGCAAAAGGAUUCGCUGCAGCAAGAAGUAGCUGAAACACAAGUGCUGGCACAAGAGAAAAAUGCGCGCUCGCAAUUGAAAGAACUUGUAAAAGAGUCGGAGAAUACUCAAACAAUGUCCAAUGAUUUGGAUCGCACGACUCAGCGAGAGCAGCAGGCGCAUGAGGAUAAUCGUGUACUAACAGAAAAAAUAUCCGAUUUGGAGAAGGAAGCUAGUCUGGACUUUGAGUUUAAAGCGAUGCAGGGUCGAUAUCAGCAAGAAGUGAAGGCGCAUCAAGAAACCGAGAAGUCGCGAAUGCUUAGCCGCGAAGAGGCUAAUCUGCAGGAGGUGAGUUAAAGCUUUGCAGACAAGUUAAAUGAAGAGAAAUCGGCGCAUAAAGCCGACCAAAACUCUCAGGAGAAGGAGCGCCAAUUAAGUAUGUUGUCGGUGGACUAUCGCCAAAUACAGCAGCGCCUUCAAAAGUUAGAAGGAGAAUCGCAAGAAACGGAAAAGGUAAUGGCGCUGCAAUCCCAGAUGGAACAGGAACACAGUAAAAAGAAUACGUUGCUAUCUGAGCUAAGUCUGCAAAGUUCAGAGGUGGCGCAUCUGAAAUCGCGUGAAAAUCAACUACAAAAAGAGGUCAUCUCCUUGCGGGAAGCGAAGCGUAAAUUCGAAGAAGAAAUUGCUCAAAUAAAAAACACUUUGAAUAAAGAAAUCCUCUUGAAGCGCGAAUAUCAGGAUCAAUUGGAAGCCGAACAGUAUUUCUCACGACUCUACAAAACUCAAGCGAAUGAGCACCGCGAAGAGAUAUCGGAGCGUAGCCGCGAAAUACAGGACCUGAAGGAGGAACGCACCUCCCUGAAGCACCAAGUGCAAGUGGCUGUGGCGCGCGCCGACUCUGAAGCAUUGGCGCGCUCAAUAGCAGAAGAAACCGUAGCUGAUCUAGAGAAAGAGAAGACAAUCAAGGAGUUUGAGUUGAAAGACUUUAUGACGAAGUAUCGCAACGAAUUGGCAGCGAAGGAGUCGGCACUUACAGUAGCUAAAGAAACUGAAGCUGAAUAUGUAAAGAAAUUGAAUCAAAAGAACGCCGAAACCGACGAUCUACUCCAACAAUAUAAGAAGCUGCAGGAUGAUAUGUCUCAGCUGAGGGCUACGAAUGACGAAGAGCUCGCAAAAUUAAAGGAGAAGCUGCAGACCGAAGUGUUGCUGAAGCAGGUCGGUAACAAGCUGACGGAAGUGAUGAACCGCCGGGACACGGAUCUGCAAAGUGAACAAAAAGGCAAGGCGCGCUCAUCCGCCGAAUUGCGUAAAAAGGAGAAGGAAAUGCGUCGGCUACAGCAAGAACUCUCACAAGAGCGCGAGAAAUACAAUCAGCUAUCGCUCAAACUCCAAGACGUGCAAAGCCAGAUCAUCGAAGAUAGCCACAUCAAGCAGAAGCUGCAAAUGGAAAUCGAUUGCAAGGCAACGGAGAUCGAGCAAUUGCAGUCAAAGCUCAAUGAAACCGCCUCAUUGUCUUCAGCCGACAACGAUCCUGAGGAUACUCAGGUACUUGACUCAGUAUUUGAGGGCUGGUUAAGCGUGCCAAAUAAGCAAAAUAUACGUCGCCAUGGGUGGAAGCGACAAUAUGUGAUUGUGUCAUCGCGCAAAAUUAUAUUUUACAAUACCGAAAUCGACAAACAGAAUACAAUCGAUCCUGUGCUUAUAUUAGAUUUAAGUUUCCAUGUGCGUUCUGUGACGCAAGGUGAUGUGAUACGCGCCGAUGCCAAAGAGAUCCCACGCAUCUUCCAAUUGCUGUAUGCUGGUGAGGGCGAAGCGCGUCGACCGGACGAACAAAACCAAUUGGAUAUAAGUCAGCUGCUGGCAGACGAAAGACCCAGUUCUAUAAUGUACAAAGGCCAUGAAUUUGUUCAUAUAACAUAUCAUAUGCCAACAGCAUGCGAAGUCUGUCCGAAACCAUUGUGGCACAUGUUCAAGCCGCCAGCGGCAUAUGAAUGCAAGAGAUGCCGCAAUAAGAUUCAUAAGGAACAUGUAGACAAUAACGACCCGUUGGUGCCGUGCAAAUUGCAUCACGACCCACAUACUGCCAAAGAAAUGCUGCUGCUGGCCGGCACACCCGACGAGCAGCAUCUGUGGGUGACGCGUCUAUCGAAGCGAAUACAGAAAUUCGGUUAUAAAGCAAAUUCGUCAUCAAAUAAUAACAGUGGCGGCGGUGACGGUAGCAAAAUAUCACCAAGCCAGUCGACUCGUUCUGCUUACAAGCCAUACGCAGUUAACGUACAAAGAUCAGCUACGCUGCCAGCUAAUUCAUCAUUGAAACAGUGAUCCGCACGAAAAUGCAAGAAUAAAGAAGACAAACGAUUUUGCGUGGAAAAAUGCGUACGCACAUAUGUAUGCAUAUUUGCGUAUCAAAAGAAGAGUAGUAGAAAAAAAAUAUAUUUAAAAAAGAAAAUUAUGAAUGAGUGAACGAACGUAUCAUUUACAAUAUGUUUUGCAUAUCUUUAAUAUAGAUAUACAUAGUAUAUACAUACAUGUAUUAGUUAUCACUAGUUUAAAACACGCAUAGGCAUACACGCGCAUUUGCUGAUAAUUUCAUUAUUACAUUUAUUGAAAUAAUUAGUGUAAAUAGAUCAAAAAGAAGUGAAGUAGCAGCAGCCAAUUAUUGCAAUUGCGCGCGCUUGUUUCAUGUAAUAAUUUUCCAUAUAAAAAAGAAAAAAUUAUUUUUGUUACUGCUUACGUUUUGACCGAAAUAAUUCUUUAAGAGCAUCAUCAUAUCACCUUUUCUGCGAAUUAACAAUUACAUACAUAUACAAAACAUUUCUUCCUGUAUGCUUACCUUAUAUGUAUGUAUGUACAUACUAUAUAUGAAAAGCAAAGAAGAUGUGCAUAUGUAGCUAAACUAAGUGCAUUUGUGCGUCGCUAUUUAUGUAAGCUUAAUAUGUAUAAUUACACAUUUAUUAUUAUUAGUACCUUAUUAAUCUAUUACUAUAUCGUAACUAAAACCUAGAUUUUAAGUAUUUCGCUUUUGUAACUAAAUUGUUUAGAGACGAUAAUAGCUGUGAGUGAAUAUGUUAAGAGCAAUGAAAAUAAAUAAAGCAAAAGGAAAAUAUUAAACUAAAGCAACUAAUCAACAUAAUCCCCAAAAAAAGGGAACUAAAAGGCAAUCAUUUUUAUAAUAGGCGCCCACAAUUUAUUGCAAAAUUUAUGAAAAAUCGCAUAUAUGGCGUUUGAGUUUACGAGACUACACAGUGUAAUUGGAGUUUAGGCAAACUGCACGAGUUCGCUUUGGUCAUUUUCUAAACAAAACAUCUAUGUUCAAGUUUUUAGAUCAAAAUUUUAUCUACUUUCGUUAAUGAACUAAAGAAAUAGCCGUAGCAUUUUACAGGCGUGGAAUUUUCGCACAAACUGCAAACAUUUUAUUGAAACCGAAUUUUUGGAAUUUUUCACGACUUGGAUCGCAAUUUAGACGUACCAAAAACUAAUUUAAACCUAUUUUUAUAUUAAAAAAAAAGAAACGAUCUAAUAUCCGAUGCCCCGAAAACCUAUUUGAAAACGAGGGGUUCCAUAAGUCCUUAUGAAAUGAGUUUAUUGGUACAGAUAAAAUAUUGAAUCUUUUAGCCUAGAGUAAACUACAUUUACAAAUUGAGUGAAAUUCAUUAAAAGUGAAAACCACUUUGUUUAUUUACGUAGCUGGUUUAGCCAGAUAAAACAUAAAAUAUAUGUACAUAUAUUAAGUGUAUUCAUCUAAACUCUUAACGCCUCAUAUAUUUAUGGUAUCGUAAUUCAACUGUCAUAAUUUGUAUCAGUACCAAAUUAGCCAUUACCAGCCAGCAAUCCGAAUCUCCUCUCCCAAAUUAAGGGAAAACCAAAAAAGUUACUAAUAGAAAUAUUAGCAAUCGUUUCCAAAAAAAAAAAGGGAAGAAGAUGAAACCAGCUGACUGUUUUGCUUGUAAAGAAAUAUAAAUUGAGCGCCAGGAACAUUUCUGAAAAUAAAAACUGGUUAGUGCUUUCAUAAAUACACAUAGCAGGCAGCGAAAAAACAUAUCGCUAGCUUUAAGCGAAAAUUUGCUACGUCCAACGUUUUUUUUUUGUGAUUUUUAGUAGAGAAAAGAAAAAUGCCCAAAUCAUUUUCUUAAAAUUUUGUGCAGAACUUUGAAUGCAAUACAUAUGCGUAUUAAAUGAAAACAAACAACUAUAAGAAUCGAUGGUAUUCGACGUUAAUGAAAGUUUUUUUUAUUCCAUUGCUAAUUUGAUAUCAUAUAUUAAUAGCUUUUCACAUACAAAAAAAUUGCUUAUUAAAAUUUAUAAAAUUAAAGGCAGACCUUCAAACAAAGAUUAUUCAGGUUUUAUGGGGAUUCUUAUUUUAUGAGCUCACGCAAAGAUAUUUGAGUAUUAAAAGCAAUUCCAAUUAUACAUACCUACUCACGUACUGUCAUAUUCGUCUAACUAAGUACCACUAAGUACCAUGUAUGUAUGUACAUACAUAUAUUCGUUACUAUUUAAAUUUUCAGUAUACAACUGCAUACUCGAAAUGUUCCAUUAUUACUUAUAUUCCAUAAACUUAAAAUUAGCUUAAAGUAAUAUUAAUGAGAAAGUUCUCCGUAUAUGCACGGAGAAUGUUUUAAUGAUUCCAUACUAAUGUUACUUAUUAAUAAUUGCAAACGUACAUACAAAUAAGUAUUACAAGCGACAUUUUAUAAAGCGCAUUUCGGCAAUAAGUUGCUAAGCUAUAUAGGUAUUUGUAAAUUAUUAAUUUUUUUACUUAAGUGGCGAAUCAUGUAUUAACAAUGGUUGAUGUAAUUAAGAGCAAAGUCAAAAACAAAAAAAAAACUAGAAAAAAAAAAC